CGAUUUAAUCAUUGUAUUAAAUUAAGUCUUUGUUACGUAGAAUAUGUUCCCCAUACUAAAGUGUUACCAAAACUUGUAUUUAGAGCGCUUUAUAGUGACUCCCAUUUGUUCCAUUGUUAGCUGACCUUUGCUAGUGUUUAUUUGCGAUUUAGAAUACAUUAAAAAAAAAAAAAGACAAACAAAUGUGUUCUUUUUUUACAUUAGAAUUGUGAAUGAUAGAUACAAUUCCAAAAAAAAGUGCACUUCCCCUUUAAUUCCUCCGUGCAUUUCACUUUGUGUUUCCAGUCAUGCUCUUUUCUUUGCUUUGGGGCUGUGCUUUUCUGUCAAAUGGGAGAGAGGUUGGAGGUGCAGGGGCGAAUGAUGAUGUCGAGGAAGAGCCGACCGGAGCCGAGCGCUGAAUUUCAAUUAGCCCGCGCUUCCUUAAGAGGAUCAUUAAAGCCACUUAAAGAUGACAAAACAGCAAGUUCGCUCGGCGCCUCUUCCUUUUCUGAUUAUCGCACAAGCACUUUACUUUACUCGCCAUUUUUCUUGCCUUGCCAGCACUUGGAAUCAAUGCUUGUGCCUUGCAAACAGUCUAACAUUCCACCCCGUCUCUUUCUCUGCCCUGGGAUUCUCCCUAUCUCUUCCCAUCUGCCCUACCUGUGUGUGUGUGUGUGUGUGUGUGUGUGUGUGUGUGUGUGUGUGUGUGUGUGUGUGUGUGUGUGUGUGUGUGUGUGUGUGUGUGUGUGUGUGUGUGUGUGUGUGUGUGUGUGUGUGUGUGUGUGUGUGUGUGUGUGUCCUCACCUUACACACUCCCUUUUGUCCUGCAGACCCUGAGCGCGGUGGCACUCACAUGAUCUCCACAGAUGACCUGGAGUACCCGCGGGAGUACCGGACGCUGGGCAACAGCGGCCGGCGCUUCUCCAACGUGGGCCUGGUGCACACGUCGGAGCACCGGCACACGGUCACGGCGGCCCAGAGCCUGGAGGCCCUCACCAACCUGCACAAGGCCGACAUGGAGCGCAAGCGGGACGCCUUCAUGGACCACCUGAAGAGCAAGUACCAGCAGCAGCAGCAGCAUCAGCAGCAUCAGCAGCAGCUGCAGCAUCAGCACCACACCCCGCCCUCGCCCUCGCCGUCGCACGGCAGCAUGAGAGGGAGCGCCGAGAGGGCUGCGAGAGAACAGCAACAACCCAACUACUGGAGCUUUAAGAGCCGCAGCCCUCGCCAUUCCCAGUCCACCCAGUCUGGCCUCGCCGACCAGGCCACCAAGCUCUCCUACGCCUCCGCCGAAUCCCUGGAGACCAUGUCCGAGGCCGACGUGCCCAUCGGCUUCAACCGUAUGAACCGGUUUCGCCAGAGCCUGCCGCUGUCGCGCUCCGCCAGCCAGAAUAAGCUACGAUCUCCAGAUGAAUUUGCAGGCGUGCUGUUCCUGCAGUACGGCGACGAGACGCGCCGCGUGCACAUCACCCACGAGCUGAGCAGCCUGGACACGCUGCACGCCCUCAUCGUGCACAUGUUCCCCCAGAAGCUGACGGCGGGCAUGCUCAAGUCGCCCAACACGGCCAUCCUGAUCAAGGACGAGGCGCGCAACGUCUUCUACGAGCUGGAGGACGUGCGUGACAUCCAGGACCGCAGCGUGAUCAAGAUCUACCGCAAGGAGCCCAUCUACGCCUCCUACCCGGCGGCCGCGCAUCUGGCCAACGGCGACCUGCGGAGAGAGAUGGUGUACUCGUCCCGCGACUCCUCCCCAACGCGCCGCCUCAACACGCUACCCUCCUCCGCCUCUUCCGGCUCGCCGUCUCGCUCCCGCCUGUCCUACAGCGGGGGCCGCCCGCCGUCCUUCGCCGGGCCCCACGAGCAGGCUCGCCACCCCCACCACCCGUCGGCGGCCCACGUGGCCAACGCGGGCCUCUCGCCCUCGCCCAGCGCCAUCCUGGAGCGCCGCGACGUCAAGCCGGACGAGGAGGUCUCGGCCAAGAACCUGGCGCUGAUGAAGAACGAGUCUCUGUACGCCGACCCCUACAGCCUGAUGCACGAGGGCCGCCUCAGCAUUGCCUCGACGCAGUCGCUGGCCGCCAUCGGCGACCCCUUCAGCUUCCCCGUGUCCGCGGGGCUGUACCGCCGCGGCUCCGUGCGCUCCCUCAGCACCUACUCCGCAGCCGCCCUGCAGGGGGAGCUGGACGACUCCCUCUACAAGCCCGGGGGGCCCCUGUACUCCGACACCUACUCGGCCACGUUGGGCAUGGGCUUUCGCAUGCCGCCUUCGUCCCCGCAAAAGAUCCCAGACAUCCACCUGCGGGACAGGGACUCGUACUCAGGCUCACCCAGCAGGGCCUCGCCCGUCAGGCAGAGCUUCCGCAAAGACUCGGCCUCCUCCUCGGUGUUCAUGGACAGCCCCAAGUCCAGACCUAAUUCCGGCUCUGAGCCUCUGUGCCUGACUGCUGGACCCGGGGAGGGGGGCAGGGCCACGCCAGGGUUUGGUUCUUCUCUGUCUGGACCGGACUCUGAUGCCAGCAGGGAUCAUCGUCUGGAGCGCAUGGAGGCCAUGGAGAAGCAGAUCGCCAGCCUGACCGGUCUGGUCCAGAGCGUGCUGACCAGAGCGCCGGACAGUGACAGCACAUGCGGCCUGCUGCGUCUCUGCAUGAUGGCGGGCUGCCCCCCGGACCAGGGAGCCGACUUCUCACGGACAUUACCUUUCUCUUCCAGCGACAAGACCGACACCAACAGCGACGGCUCCGCCACCGGAACAGGACGGCUAAAGAAGAAAGCUCACACUCCGUCGGCGCCGCUGGCCCUGAUGCCGCCGCCGCCGUCCAACUCCACGCCGCUGAACAACGUCAGCCGCCUGCAGAUGCAGCUCCACCUGCACGGCCUGCAGCAGAACGCCAACGACCUGCGCAAGCAGCUCAGCCAGCUGCGUAAGACCCAGCUGGAGAACCAAGACUCCAUGCGCACGAUGCUCAAGCGGACCGAGGCGGAGUUGAACGUACGCGUGGCCGACGCCCUCAGGAAGCAGGAGGAUCCUUUGCAGAGACAGCGCCUCCUAGUGGAGGAGGAGAGGCUCAAGUACCUCAACGAGGAGGAGCUCAUCAUCCAGCAGCUACACGACCUGGAAAAGUCGGUGGAGGAGAUCCAGAAGGAGUCGGCUGUCAACCACAAGCUGGUGAGCGUGCAGGAGCUGGAGGAGAAGAGCGCCGUCCUCCGAAAGCUGGGAGAGACGCUCACCGAGCUCAAGAAUCAGUUCCCCAGCCUGCAGAGCAAGAUGAGGGUGGUGCUGAGGGUGGAGGUGGAAGCCGUCAAGUUCCUGAAGGAGGAGCCGCACCGACUGGACGCCCUGUUGAAACGCUGCAAGACCGUAACGGACACCCUCAGCACAAUGCGCAAGCAAGCCAACGAGGGGGUGUGGAAGAAGCACGAGGACUUCUCUAAUCCGUCAUCCAAGCACAACGAGGACCUGAGAAAGUUCUCGGACUUUGACCUGCAGAGCAGCUCGCCGCUUAGCAUCAACGACCUGGGCGGGGGGAACAGCCUGUCCAACUGGAGCCCCCACACCAGCCUCAACCGGCGCCCUCACAAGGACAAUCACCCGCCCGUUCCUCACAAGGGCAAAGCCCUGGAGGAGCUGGAGCGCCGCACCGCCGCUGAUAAGGCCUUGUCCGUGGAAGUUCGCCUGGCGGCCGAGCGGGACUGGGAGGAGAAGCGGGCCAGUUUGACCCAGUACAGCGCUCAGGACAUCAACCGGCUGCUGGAGGAGACCCAGGCCGAGCUCAUGAAGGCCAUUCCCGACUUGGACUUUGCCGCUAAACAGAUCAAGAGCUCUUCUAACACGCCCUCGUCCCAGAACCCGCAGACCGCUCAGAGCGGGGCAGCGACCCCCGAGCACCGCGCCAACAAGCCCCAGCAGAAGAAAGAAGGGGGAACCAGGCUCGGCUCUGACGAGCUGACGGUGCCUCGCUACCGCACAGAAAAACCCUCCAAGUCUCCUCCGCCGCCGCCGCCCAGACGCAGCUUCCCAUCGUCACCAGGCCUGACCACCCGCAGUGGGGAGACCCUGGUUCCGGGGAAAAGCGUCAAGAAGUCAGAUUCUGAAGAGGCGGAGAGCCAGAAGCCUCACAUGAAACUGAGGAGGACGGUGUCGGAAAACCCUCGUCCCGCAUCCACACCUCCCACGCUGUCCGGGGACAAGGUGGACGGCGAGCAGGAGAGAACCUCUGGCCAGUUGGAGGGCAGACCUUUGUGUUCUGUUGCACACAUCAUGUUGACUGACUGUUGGCCAGCUUCAGCGUCCCCCCCUGAGGAUCCUGUCAGAGAUUUGUCCCCCUGUCCUGUAAAAACAAGGCCUUCGCCGCUCGCCACCGUGAUUAAUUCACCCGCUCGGCGAGAGUUAAGGAUGCAACAUGACUUCUCCUCCGAGGAAGAAGAGAAACGGGAAGUGACUCUGCUCCUCACGGAGCUGGAGAUGAGGGCGCUUUCUCCGUUAGAAGCACAGGAGCUCAGCGGCGCCAUGGGGGUCAUUUUCCAGACCCGGACUAUCUCAGCCGGUGCGGAGCUCUCAGACGUCCACUUGAGCGAGCGGCCUCUGCUGCUGCUCUUCAGGGAGGAGACCACGAUCAAGGACGCCUACAAGCUGCUGCUCGGCCUCCUGGAGUCGUCUCAUCCCCAGCCUAAACCCAGGAGAACAUCCUCCGUGGCUCGCCCGAGCCAGCGGAGCUCCCUGGUGACGGCUCUGAGGAGAGGAGUGGAGACCGGGGACGUGGUUCUCCGACUUCAACACAGCGCGAGCGCCAAGGGUCCACCGGAUUCUCAGUCCGUGGAGAUAUCUAGCUCGGCUCAAGCAGGAGAGAAUGUCCGCCGCAGCACCUUCAAGAGGCUGGACAGCUUGGAGGAGACCAUUCGCCAGUUGGAGAACACCCUGAUAGAGAUCAGCGGUGGUUCCUGUGCAGAGGAGCUCCCGCCCGAACCCACCAGGAGGAAGCCGGCGGUUCCGCCCAAGCCGACAUCGAGCCAGGGAGGAAAUGGCCUGGCCCCCGGCAAGGUCCCGCCCCCUACGGCCACCAAGCUGAAGCACCUGCAGCACAACAGCAUGGACAAAUACAAGAGCGGCAAGAGGGAGGACUUCCUGAAGAGCCAAGGCCAGCAUCAGCAGGCCUCGGGAGGCGUCAGCGUCGAGCCGUACCUCUCCGGGAUCAAAACGGGCCUCCCCGGGCGCCCCAGGAAGGCGGACGGCACGGGGCCGUCCCUGAGGGCGUCCCCCGGCCAGGCCAAGGCGCUGCUGGCCAGCCUGUCCGCCGCCGGCCUGAGCGCCGAGGCCCUGCUGCUGUCCUCCGCCCUGCGCCAGCACCGCCUCCUCCGCGAGCAGCAGCAGCGAGCCUCCUCCCUGCCGUCCCCCAGCAGCCGCUCGCCCUCGCCCGCCUCCUCGUCCUCCCAGACGCCCACCGCCACCCUCUCCUCGUCUUCCUCGCCCACCACGCCCAUCUUGUCCCCGUGCUCGCCCACCCCGCUCAGCUCGCCCACCUUCGCCAAGGCCAACGGCCCAAUUCUGGAGGGCCUCAGCGGCUGCAAGGAUGGACAAUAAGCGUCCAUUUUGAAGACCGACACUCCUAACUCUUAAAGACAUCCAUCCUGGAAUCUUCUCACACCUUAGAUCCCACCUGAGAUAAGCUGUUUAGCGUAGGAGCUGCAAUAUUCACCACCAGGUAGUGUGUGUGUGUGUGCGUGGGUUUGUGUGUGUUUGUGUGGGCAGUUAGAUCCAAGAUGGAGUCACGUGAAGCUCAACGGUGUUUGAAAUGAAGCUUGAUGCUGUUUGAACAAGCUACAACACAAACAAGCACAGAAGGGUCCACUCAUUAACACACCUCUUUAUCAAUCAAUCAAUCAAUAGAAUGGUCCAAACGUACUCAUUAACACACCUCUUAAUCAAUCAAUCAAUAGAAUGGUCUAAACGUACUCAUUAACACACCUCAAUCAAUCAAUCAAUCAAUAGAAUGGUACAAACGUACUCAUUAACACACCUCUUUAUCAAUCAAUCAAUCAAUAGAAUGGUACAAACGUACUUAUUAACACACCUCUUAAUCAAUCAAUCAAUAGAAUGGUCCAAACGUACUCAUUAACACACCUUUAUCAAUUAAUCAAUCAAUAGAAUGGUCCAAACGUACUCAUUAACACACCUCUUAAUCAAUCAAUCAGUAGAAUGGUCCAAACGUAGUCAUUAACACACCUCUCAAUCAAUCAAUCAAUAGAAUGGUCCAAACGUACUCAUUAACACACCUCUUUAUCAAUAGAAUGGUCCAAACAUACUCAUUAACACACCUCUUUAUCAAUCAAUCAGUCAAUAAAAUGGUCCAAACGUACUCAUUAACACACCUCUUAAUCAAUCAAUCAAUAGAAUGGUCCAAACGUACUCAUUAACACACCUCUUUAUCAAUCAAUCAGUCAAUAAAAUGGCCCAAACCUACUCAUUAACACACCUCGUUAUCAAUAGAAUGGUCCAAACAUGCUCAUUAACACACCUCUUUAUCAAUCAAUCAGUCAAUAAAAUGGUCCAAACGUACUUAUCAACACACCUCUUAAACAAUCAAUCAAUAGAAUGGUCCAAACGUACUCAUUAACACACCUCUUUAUCAAUCAAUCAGUCAAUAAAAUGGUCCAAACCUACUCAUUAACACACCUCGUUAUCAAUAGAAUGGUCCAAACAUGCUCAUUAACACACCUCUUUAUCAAUCAAUCAGUCAAUAAAAUGGUCCAAACGUACUUAUCAACACACCUCUUAGAUUGUUCCAAACAUGCUCAUUAACACACCUCUUUAUCAAUCAAUCAUCCAAACGUACUCAUUAACACACCUCGUUAUCAAUAGAAUGGUCCAAACAUACUCAUUAACACACCUCUUUAUCAAUCAAUCAGUCAAUAAAAUGGUCCAAACCUACUCAUUAACACACCUCGUUAUCAAUAGAAUGGUCCAAACAUGCUCAUUAACACACCUCUUUAUCAAUCAAUCAAAUAAAAUGGUCCAAACAUACUUAUUAACACACCUCUUAGAUUGUUCCAAACGUACUCAUUAACACACCUCUUUAUCAAUCAAUCAUCCAAACGUACUCAUUAACACACCUCGUUAUCAAUAGAAUGGUCCAAACAUACUCAUUAACACAUCUCUUUAUCAAUCAAUCAGUCAAUAAAAUGGUCCAAACCUACUCAUUAACACACCUCGUUAUCAAUAGAAUGGUCCAAACAUGCUCAUUAACACACCUCUUUAUCAAUCAAUCAAAUAAAAUGGUCCAAACGUACUUAUUAACACACCUCUUAGAUUGUUCCAAACGUACUCAUUAACACACCUCUUUAUCAAUCAAUCAAUCAACAGAAUGGUCCAAACAUACUCAUUAACACACCUCUUUAUCAAUCAAUCAAUCAAUAGAAUGGUCCAAACGUACUCGUUAACACACCUCUUUACCAAUAGAAUGGUCCAAACAUACUCAUUAACACACCUCUUUAUCAAUCAAUCAAUCAAUAGAAUGGUCCAAACGUACUCAUUAACACACCUCGUUAUCAAUCAGUCAAUCAAUAGAAUGGUCCAAACUUACUCAUUAACACACCUCUUAAUCAAUCAAUCAAUAGAAUGGUCCAAACGUACUCAUUACACACCUCUUUAUCAAUAGAAUGGUCCAAACGUACUCAAUAACACACCUCGUUAUCAAUCAGUCAAUCAAUAGAAUGGUCCAAACGUACUCAUUAACACACCUCUUUAUCUAUCAAUCAAUCAAUCGAAUGGUCCAAACAUACUCAUUAACACACCUCAAUCAAUCAAUAGAAUGGUCUAAACGUACUCAUUAACACACCUCUUUAUCAAUCAAUCAAUCAAUAGAAUGGUCCAUACAUACUCGUUAACACACCUCUUUACCAAUAGAAUGGUCCAAACAUGCUCAUUAACACACCUCUUUAUCAAUCAAUCAAUCAAUCAAUAGAAUGGUCCAAACAUACUCAUUACACACCUCUUUAUCAAUAGAAUGGUCCAAACGUACUCAAUAACACACCUCGUUAUCAAUCAGUCAAUCAAUAGAAUGGUCCAAACGUACUCAUUAACACACCUCUUUAUCUAUCAAUCAAUCAAUCAAUCAAUAGAAUGGUCCAAACAUACUCAUUAACACACCUCAAUCAAUCAAUAGAAUGGUCUAAACGUACUCAUUAACACACCUCUUUAUCAAUCACUCGAUCAAUAGAAUGGUCCAAACAUACUCAUUAACACACUCAAUCAAUCAAUCAAUCUUUAUUUAUAUAGCCCUAAAUCACAAGUGUCUCAAAGGGCUGCACAAGCCACAACAACAUCCUCGGUACACACCUCUAUCAAUAGAAUGGUCCAAACGUACUCAUUCACACACCAUGUUAUAAAUAGAUUGGUCCAAACUUACUCAUUAACACACUUCUUAAUCAAUCAAUCAAUAGAAUGGUCCAAACGCACUCAUUAACACACCUCAAUCAAUCAAUAGAA